AUGCUCUUCUCAAAAGGAUAUGCUGCUGCCCUGGUCUCUGUUGGAGCCUUCGCUCAACAGGCCCUUGCAAGCUCAAAUGGCACGAUUCCAAUGCCCAUCCCUACCUUAAAGGACUUCGAUGACACCGGUGUUCUAGGUGGUCUCUAUCGGCCUAACACCACUACCGAUAGGGCUCGUAUCGGUGUCUACGUGAUGCAUGCAGAACAGGACUAUACCAACUUCGUUGCCUGUCACGCACUGCCGAAGCGUGGAUUCACUGUAUUCUGUGCCAAUAACGAGGCUAGCAAAUCUGGCUACAUGUCAGACCUUAACUUUGAGGAUAUGAUGACUCAAGUCAAUACAGGUCUGGUUUGGUUGCGUAACCAAUCCGACAUUGAGAAAGUGGUCAUUUUGGGACAUAGCGGUGGAGGUGCUAUGAUGGCUGCUUACCAGAACAUCGCGGAGAAUGGCGCGUCCGCCUGCAAUGGACCAGAAAAGAUUUACCCAUGCUCCGAUGCAAUGAAUGACCUAGAGCCUGCUGAUGGUCUGAUGCUGCUCGACGCAAACUAUGGUCUUUCAACAAUGGCUUUCCUUAGCUUCAAUCCCGCUAUCGUGGAUGAAAGGAAUACUUCGCAGCUGAACCAGUCACUUAACGCAUACAACCCAGCGAACGGAUUUAAUAAUAAUACCCAGUCUAAUUACACUGCUGCUUUUGUGGAACGAUUCCAGGAAGGGGCCGUUGCUCGCAAUAACCGAAUUCUUGAGUAUACACAAGAGCGCCUAGCUGCUAUUGAAGCUGGAUACGGUGCCUACGGAGAUGAUGAGCCACUUACUAUCCCCGCUGCUCUCUACCUUGGACCUAAUAACCUAAUAUUUGGUACCGACACUCGUUACCUACACCACACCACAUAUUCCUGGCCUCUUCUUCACAAAAACGGCACAUCUACUCAAAUUGUUCCAUCCGUCCGUGUCCCCGGGAACUUCGAGAACUACUCCCAAAACUGGGAGUAUGGUGCCUUGAAAACCACUAUCCGUCGAUUCCUCUCCACGAUUGCCAUCCGUGUUAAUGAAACUUACAAGAUCAAGGUUGAUGGUUUUGAUGGCAUUGACUAUGCUUCCAGUCAGACGGCUCCUCUUGCUGCGAUUGGUGGUAUCAAGGUUCCCCUUCUUACUAUGGGAAUGACUGGUCACUAUGAGUACUUGAAUGCCGAGAAGCUUCACCUCAACGCCGGUAGUAAUGACACUUCUAUCGCUUUCGUUGAGGGUGCUGAGCACACAAUCAAUACUUGCACUGAGUGUGAGUCUUACCCUGGCGAAUUUGGUGAUACUGUGAUUACCUGCUUCAACUAUGUUGAGAACUGGAUGGCCAAGCCUGGUCGUUUCCUGUAA